AUGCUUCUCAACGCUCAGACUCUGGCACUGGCCGCUUUUUUCUCGACACUGGCUACCGGACGGCCUUUGGACUCGUCGAAGCCCCGCGAGAUUGUCCCACGCAACAAGAGCUAUUCGGUUGUCAAUGUCGGUGGAGACGCCUCGACCCCGGUCGCAACAGCCACUUCGGUGAUCGAGACGACGAAGACGGUCGAAGUCGUCGGUCCGGCACAGACUGUCACCCAAGAACUCGAGCAGCGUGUUGAAGUCGUCAUCGUCAACAUCCACACCAGUCUCGUCUACUCCUACGCCAACACCUACACCAACAUCAUCGGUCAAAACUACAUCAACUCCUAG